AUGUCUGAAAACAUACCAGAAAGCAUUCCCACUUCCAUCUCGUCGCGCUCGCACCGACCUGCCAAGAAACAACGGGCAAUCGGAAGCGGCCCUUCAAAUCUGCAAUCAUCCCAAGUCGAAGCCCUCUUCGCCAAUCCCGACCGCGAAAUAAUCAUCCCGUCAUCCGCAUCCAGCAAACCAAAAACACUAGCUGCCCCUCCCGAAAUCGUCGCCAACGUCCAGGGCUCUUCGGCUGGUGCGGGAUCAGGCGAAUUUCAUGUUUAUAAGGCGAGCAGGCGGAGGGAAUAUGAGAGGCAGAGGUUGAUGGAG